AUGCACCGCUGCCUCCGUUCAAGUCUUUCCCACUUCUCCAAAACACCUGGAGGAGCUACUUUUGGACAUGCGCGUCGGAGCGCUUCUAGUGUUAAUGCGCCAUCUUCAAUGCAGGCAGGGCCUUCAAAACACUCGCCGAAAACUCUACCUAAACCUGAGCGGCCGAAGGAACAAGUUGGAGUGGCAAAGAACACAAAGAACGACAUUGUAAAACUGUAUGACAUGAAAAGGUCCUUGGAUCCCGCUUUGGAAGAAUCAGGGCAAUUAGCUCAGAUUAUAGCUGAAGGUGAAGAUGAAGACUCUUCGGAAAUGGCUUUUUUACCUGGCACAUUCGUUGAAAUAAGGAAAAAUGACCUUUCUGCUUAUGGAAUUGUGCUGGGAGAAGUAAUUGAAGAACACAGAUAUGGCGUUUACACUCUGACGACGAAAGGCAUGAUCAUUAGCCAUUUUCGUGCCGAUGUUUACUUCGCUUUUCCAAACGUCAUAUCUGCGUCCCUGGCCGAGCGUUGCGAUUUUAGCAACCCUACGGUAACUACAGAAAAUAAUUCCGCACGCGUAGAAGCCCUAAAAAAGCUGCGUGUAUUGGUCGCCGAGGUUGAAAAGUAUUCUGCGGGUAUGUUGCAACGGCCGAUGAAUGUGUACGUCGAGGUUAUGUCAAACGACAAGACCAAAUGGUCAACAACAACGGUAUCGCACGUUGCCAAUUUAUUGUACGAACGCCCUAGCUUCAUGGAUUUUUACAUGACACACAAGAUGCUCAUGGACCAACCACUUUAUUAUAUCGCCAAGCCAGGUUACCUUAAAAAUCAAGCAUUCGCAGUACGGCCGCGACAGCAGGUAGAAGAGAUAGAAACAGUGACUCGGUACAUAUACGAUCAUCGCAUAAGCAGGUCCGACCAGCAAACACAUUUCAAGAGGUUCGUUUCAAAGGCUUCAAAAGUGGUCAAGGAGUUCGAAAGGAGGAGGGAUUCUGGACCGAUCAGUCAGGAGAAAAUUGAGGUGGAAUGGGAUGUAGAGGACCGAAUCUUCAUUAAUUUCCUCAUCCGUUCGUUACAACCUCAUCGAUCCAACCAAUUGGACCCCUACACAAUGGGACGCACUGAAAUCGUCAGAGCCAUUUUCCAACCAACAGAGCCAGUCAACGACGACAUGACUCACCAACUUCUCAUCAAGCUGGGUAUCUUCGCACCAUGGCACGACCUUCACGAAUUCGUACCUUUUCUUAAUCCCUGGGGUGACCUAUAUUCAAACAAGCACACCAUCGAGACUGAAGCCAACGAAAUUUUGAAGCUGUCGCACGCAUCAACAGCUACAACAGGCUCUGUACUCGGUCCCAUGGACCUCAUCCCUUCGGAUCCUCUGGAAUCUGUUCGCCACGAUUUUGGAAAUGCUCGGGUGUUCGUCAUCGAUGACUUGACUGCACAAGAACUCGACGACGGUUUCUCCGUGGAGCGUAUACCCUCUGAACCCGACAAUUGCUGGAUCCAUGUUCACAUCGCAGAUCCUGCAAGCGUUAUACACCCAAACCACGCUUUGGUCAAAUUGGCACGUCAGCGGGGGUCCUCGUAUUACCUUGCCCACAAAACGAUCCCCCUCUUUCCGGUUGCCCUAGUCCACGAUCCUAAAUACUCGCUGUCACUCCAAUCGCGUGACGGCGAAUCUACCCGUGUUUUGACUUUCAGUACUAAAGUCGACAAAGACGGCAAUAUCCUAGACUACAAAGUACGCGGAGGUCUCAUUCGUAACGUCAAAAAAAUCAGUUAUGACGAAGUUGAUAUGGCCAUCGGUCAUGGCCUGGUCAAAAGAUCGUUGCCAUUUGGUGGUACAAUACCCUCCAUCUCCGUGCCCACAUCGCUGGAUGAGGCCGACCUCGCAGAUAUUAAACUUGCUCAACAAGUGGCCCAAGGGCAGAUACGUCGUCGUAUGAAGAAGGAUGUUUUCAUUUAUGACGAUCACUCUGCUCAUGUUAGGUGGGACAGCACUAUCCCUCCCAAUAUUGUUAGCCCAACUUUGGGGAGUAACUUAUAUCAUGGGUACCCUGACAUGACAUACGAAGUUUAUACGAUUGAAGAGUAUGAAUCUGGUUCCCGUUUGAUUAUAGCAGAGAUGAUGAAGUUGGCGAAUCGGACAGCAUCGCGAGUGGUACGCGACCACAAUCUACCUGUAUUACGACGCACCAUGGAUCCUCCCAUAUUCAGCAACCCCGAAAGCAAACAAGAGAUCAUGGACUUGCGAUCACCUUCGGGGCAUGUUUUGAUGCAAGAAGUCGCGAAGCGCGUCGACCUCAAUCCCGUCGGGAUGUUCUGUUUGGAGCCGAAGCAGCACUACGCUCUCGGGAUUGAGGAAGGGGAUGGUUAUGCCCGUGCGACAUCGCCUCUGCGCCGGUUCGAAGACAUCGUGUGCCAUUGGCAGCUACACCACAUUCUGCUUGGAUCCCAAUCCCCGCGAGCGCCAUUUUCUGUCGCCGACAUCGAAGCCAUUCUCGGGGACACGGAGAUGGCGUUUCAACAGCAAAAAGUUGUCAACAAAAGCAUAAAGCUAUUUUAUUCCCUGAUGUACAUCAAGAGGUUUGCGGAUGACGUUGCGAAAGGCAUACGUGAUCCCGGUCCAGUGGAUCCUCUAGCUUCGAUGUCGGCCUGGACGAAGAAUACACCCCGGGUGGUGACAAAUACGUCCCAGAUGUCUUUGUCGGUAAACGUACCCCACCUGGGCGUGACGGCGCAAGUGGACGACCUUCCAUUCAGCAUGAGGAACCUUCCUGUCGGCAGUGAGUUGCGCGUCAAGUUCAAGUCAAUUGAUCUGGGUAUCAAGAGGACAAAGAUGGUUGUGUCGCUCGAGCAGUGA